CGCACGCUGUGGUUGUGGGCUGGAGCGGUCAACGCAGGGAGCAAUGGCGGCCCCGUCGUGGCUGCUCCUGCUCUGUCUCACCGGCGGCGUGCUUCGUGCCGGCGCCCAAAGAGCGCCCGACACCACGGGUUUCAUCAGCGUCGACUGCGGCCUCUCGGAGCACAGCAGCUACGUGGACGACGCCACCAAGCUGCCCUACAGCUCGGACGCCGACUUCACCGACGCCGGCCAGAACUACAACGUCUCGGCACAGUACAACGACCAGGCCUUCCUCAGACGCCACCGGCAGCUCCUCACCGUCCGCAGCUUCCCUGGCCCGCCGGGGCGGCGGGGCUGCUACACCCUCCCGUCCUUCGAGGCCGGGACGUCCAAGUACCUGGUCCGGGCCACCUUCAUGUACGGCAACUACGACGAGCUCAACAAGCCCCCGGUGUUCGACCUCUACCUUGGCGUCAACUUCUGGAAGACGGUGAACAUCUCUAGGCCUGACGCGGUGCACACCGCCGAGAUCAUCUCCGUCAUCCCGGUUGACGCGGUGCAUGUCUGCGUGGUGAACACCAACUCCGGGACGCCCUUCAUCUCGUCGCUGGAGCUGAGGCCUCUCGAGGACACGAUGUAUCCGCUGGUGAACUGGACGCAGGGGCUGCUCCUCAUUGGCAGGCGCAACUUCGGCGCCACUGAGUCGAUUAGGUACCCGGAUGAUCCAUACGACCGUGCAUGGGUCCCGUGGACCAACCUGAAAGAGUGGCUUAGCAUCUCAUCAUCGGAUUUCGUCCUCAUGAAGUUGGGGGACAAACCCCUCUAUGAUGUGCCAUCUGUUGUGUUGCAGACCGCCGUCACGACACUCAACACCUCGCAGACCCUCAUCCGGAUCCCAUGGGAUGCCGAGCCCAACCACAUAUACCCCAGGCCUGGGUAUGAUCGAUAAACACACUAUUUGAUUAUUUACUCUGUUAAAUUUCAGUCAUGUGGUUCAAAACCAACUUGCUAGUCAUUAGCACAUAGAUAUAUAUCUAUACAAUAAUAGUGUGUGACAUACCCAAUCAAUCAAUUAAGAACCAUACAUAGAGCUAACUUAGGCCCCUUCGCCAAAAGAAAAUAAAAUAAAAGAAAAAAAACUAUUGUGUUACAGACAUGUGUAGUCAACUUUGUAAAACUUUCGCAAUUUGUGUCUUGAAAAUAUAUACGUUGACCGUUGACCGUAUGAUAACAGAUCCGCACGAUCCGGAUGCCGCACAAUUCGCAUCUCACGGUCGAGACUAGCGCAGCGGUUUAGAUCGCACAAUCAUCUUUUUUUUUUUCACCCACGCGUUUAAAUCCCGCUAAUCCCCGCACGCGAGAGGGUCUCCAGAUUUAGAACCCGCUAAUCUCGCUUUUUAUCUCCCGGUUUUUUCUUGCCCCUCUAAUCCCGCACCUUUUCUUUCUCCUUAAUUUUCUCGACCUUCUGUUUUAAAUACUAACAAUGUCUUCCUUCGCUUCAAAAUUGCAAGAAAAAUAAAGCGUGUUUCCCAGGUUUUGAACUCUGGUCUCUUGAAAGGAGGAUUCACCACACUAACCAACUCGUCCCACAUCAUUUCUUAUCUAAUCAAUACAUGUCAUUCUAUUUGAUAUUGUUAAGUAUUGGGCCAAGUUUGCCGUGCAUUGACAACGAUGAUAACUUUUAGCCAAAAAACUCUUUUUGCUGACUUAUUGCAUUCUACUUGGCCUAAAAAAUAUUGGCUUAAAUAAGAUGGUAAUUUAAGCACUGUGGAUCUGAUAAGUAAUGAACAAACACCGUGAUAACUUUUGACCCGGAAAAAAAGUUGUUUCAAAAUAUACCCCUGAUAAUUUUUACGUAAUUUACGCACAAUAGAGCUGAUUACUCAAGUACAAACACCACGGUAACUUUUGACUCCGAAAGAAAAGUUGUUGAA